AUGAAUAUCAGUUGGAAAUCACAAUGUAACAAGGUACUGAAUGAGCCCACGCCUUCGGAAGCCUCCACGGUAAGGCCUGCUGUUGUGGUGGACCAGAAGGAAAAGGAAGUCAUCAGUGGACACAGGAGUGAAUUACAGUGUGAGCCAAGUUUCAUAGAAGACAGACUGAAGCUUUAUGAAACAUUGAAGAAAGAACAUGAUGCUUUGCUAGCUUACAGAGCAGCCAAUGAGACAAAACCUAUCAAAAUUACUCUGACAGAUGGAAAAAUAGUUGAUGGGGAGUCCUGGAAAACCACACCCUAUCAGCUAGCUGUAGGAAUCAGUCAAGGCUUGGCUUCAAAUGCAGUCAUAGCCAAAGUGAAUGGUGAAUUGUGGGACCUGGAUCGUCCAUUGGAGGGAGAUUGUACUCUGGAGCUGCUUACAUUUGAUGAUGAAGAAGCACAAGCUGUUUACUGGCAUUCAAGCGCCCAUAUUCUUGGAGAGGCCAUGGAAGGAUUCUAUGGGGGCUGCUUGUGCUAUGGACCACCAAUUGAGAAUGGAUUUUACUAUGACAUGUACAUUGAGGACAGAGGUGUAUCUAGUACUGAAUUCCCAGCACUAGAGAACCGCUGUAAAAACAUCAUAAAAGAAAAGCAGCCUUUUGAAAGGCUGGAAGUCAAGAAGGAGAUCCUGUUAGACAUGUUUAAGUAUAACAAAUUCAAGUGCCGUAUCCUUAAUGAUAAGAUAAACACCCCACCUACCACAGUUUACAGAUGUGGUCCACUGAUCGAUCUCUGCAGGGGCCCACAUGUGAGACACACUGGAAAAAUCAAGGCCCUUAAAAUAUUUAAGGUAAAUUUAAAUAAAGCACAUCUUAAAUCUUAACUACCAUAAGCUGGU